AGCAGAGCGGAGCGGAGCCAUGGGAAAGCUUCAAGAAUUUGAUAUCACUUUUACCAAUAACAAGGUGGUUUACGGUCCGGGAGAGUCCAUUAGCGGAACCGUGAAAAUACGAACAGGCAACUCGCUGCAGUAUAAAGGCUGACCUGAAGCAGAUGGCGUUCAUCAGAGGUCAGAACUCCUACUGAGCUCUGAUGCCCUGUAAGGCCACCCGGCUGCGGCGAGCCUGUACCUGACACCAGGCGUUUAUUACCAAAUUAAACCAUGCAGCGGUGACUGCUGUGGUGAAUGUGAGCCAUCCCUGGAGCGUACAGGCAGCUACUCCAAGUGAAGUGAACCCCUCAAUCCAUCAAGGUAUACUGUCAGGGCUCAUGUGGGAUCUCCAACAAAAUGAACGACGCCGUAUGGACUCUGGAGGAGCAGUACUUCAACAGCACAUUGUCUGUUGCCGACAAAGUUUUUACUGAACUCGUGACGUCAACAACUAUGACCAAAGUUAUCCACGGAACAUUGGCGGCCGGCGAACACAGUUUACCUUUCCAGUUUCUCAUUCCAGCUGUCUGGCCUCCAGCUGGGACACUCCUGUCUCUCCACAGCAGCCGGCGCCCUAACCACACCCCACUGCCACAGAUAUUGGCUGUCCCGACUUCCUUUGAGGGACCCUUUGGGAAGAUUCUCUACCGCGUGAGGGCGGUCAUCGACACGCCCCGCUUCUCUAAGGACUACAAAUCCCAGAGGCCCUUCUACCUACUAAACCUGCUCAACCUCAAUGAUGUGCCUGACAUUGAACAUCCGAGUUACGCAGUGACCACUAAGAAGUUCAGCUACCUCCUGGUGAAGACGGGGACCCUGAUGCUGAAAGCUCGCAGUGACCUAAGAGGUUACAUCCCCGGGCAGGUCAUCAAGUUAGCCGCUGAGAUCCACAACAAGUCUGGGAAGGACACGGGAUAUGUGCUGGCCAGUCUCAUACAGAAAGUGACCUAUAAGACCAAGCGGCCUGUGUUCGACCUGCGGACCAUCGCGGAGGUGGAGGGGGCCGGAGUGAAAGCAGGAAAACACGCAGAGUGGAGAGAGCAGAUCAUCGUCCCUCCUCUUCCUCAGUCAGCACUGGCCGGCUGCAGCCUCAUACACAUUGACUAUUUCAUUCAGGUGUCCCUAAAGUCUCCAGACGCAGUCGUCACUCUGCCUAUCUACAUUGGGAACAUCGCUGUGAACUUUUCUCCGUCAAGGCAAACGCCCUCCGGUCCAGGUCACUGCGCUGCGAACAUCGCACCCAGCGCGGCAGGCGUGACACCCAGUGCCCCGCCGGUGGAGGAAGAGGCAGAGGAGGGGCUGUGUGCAGGGGGCGUGGUCAGUGAGGAGAUUCCCACCAAGAGUCACUCUCAGCAAGACUCCUCAGGUCAGCCGGUCACCAUGUCCCCCAGCGCCUUCAGCCACGCACCCGGGGCAGCCCUGCCUCCCAGCCACAGACGGCCCGACGCCGCCGCUCCCCUGUUCUGUGUGUCCACCGGGGCCACCAUACCUUUCUUCACCGAGGGAAACGCGACUCCUGUCCCCACUUCCUGCUCUCUCAUCCUCCCCCCAGAGUACAGCAGCUGGGACUACCCUCAUGAGCCUCCACCCACUUACGAGGAAAGCUGCAGUAGCGCCAACUCUAGUUUCAACAGUAGACAGUAGAGAAGAAGCAAGUGAGAAGCAUCAUGGCCACGCCCACCCACAUCUGUCUGCAACUGCCUCUCCACAAACCAGGACAGAGACACGGCAGAUUAAAGAGGACUGACUAUAACUCCACCCCUGAACGCCCCAGAGAUUCUUUCUUUUUCCUCAAAUAAGUAAAAAAGGGAUCAUAUUUUAUAUUGAAUAUAAGUUUUAAUUUGACCUCAUGUCCCAUCAGGUAGUGUGAGACAGAACGGGUGAACAUCACUGUGCCUAAAAUAAGUAAUUUAGAUCAUCAUACAGCAUUUAGAGUAUUCAGUGAUUGGACAUGUUUCUUUCAUGCGGUGGAGUCAAAUCUGUUUUUGUUUUUUAAUUAAUUUUUUGCAUCUGUGAUGCCUUGAAAAUAAUUUCAGCCUACUGAAGGCUCGUGUUUGAAGACAUCAAACGUUGGCCUUUUUUGUAGUCUUGUUCCAAUUGUGCACUUGUAAUUGUGGUCCACCGCUGUCCAUUUGUGUCUCAGUUGUCCUCAUCCGCAGCAGGGCAGAGCUGUCUUCAUGCUGGAGAUUAAAAAAAGAACUUAUUGCCAGAGGAUAUGAUUUAUCUACUUUGACUAGUUAAAACCCCUGUGUGUGGGAUUCUUCUGUAAUUACAGCAUCUUAAAUCUUCUGAUGGCUUAAGUUCUGUAGCAGCAUGCAUUGCUGUCUUCUACCUUUUAUAUAUAUAUAUAUAUAUA